AACUAAAGAUGCUGAAAUUGUAGAAACCACUAAAUGCUUACAUUAUUUCCUAAAUCCCUAAAUCUAAGGAAACAAACAUAUAAUCUCCUCUUUUAAUGGUAUUUUCGGUUUCACACUGAAAUGGUGCAGAAUAUAACAUUUAACUAACUAGAUGAUUUAAGUCUUAACUCCGAAGAAAACUUACAUUGACGACGAUCUCCUGGAUUUACCGACAACAUUCAUUCUCCAUCCAAUGUUCUGCGACUAAUGAACCCGCACUCUGCUGAAUCGGUGAUGCUAAUCCAGCUUCCUCAUGAUCAAUAGAAAUUCUCUCCGAAAAUUAGAAUGCUGGAAUGCCUCUCCUUCAAAAUCAUCCACCGCUUUAAGCCCUAAUUCCAGUACUCAAGAGUACACUCCCGCAAGCACCACUCCCAGCGUCUCUCGUGAGUUCAGCCUCGCCGUGCAUUCCGCCUCCUACGCCGAAACCCGCUCCCUGAUCCAAGCUGCUCCGCCGCAAGGCCAAACGCGCCUCCUCCAUCCCGAUCGAGAGCUCGUCGAACAAGCGCUGAUCCGCGACGAAAGCACCACUCACAGCGAUCUCAUCUCCAAAUACUUCGACCACAGCGAAACCGCGUCCGAGCUCUGCCUCCACCUUCACCAACACGCGGAACUCGCACGCGCCAUGUACGCGCCUCUCCUUGAUAUUUUCGCUCUAAUGGAACCUUCUUGCGAUCGCGCGUUCAUCCUCUUCCUCGAGUUCGACAAUCGCGACAAUCCUCUCCCUAAUUCCCACACCUUCGGCGAUAUUCGCAGCGCCUUGUCGGUUCUCAAGACACAGCUUGACAAACGCUUCCUCAAAUCCCGGUCCAGGGUCGGCCUUAUCCGCCGCGUUGUCGCAGCGGCGCCCGUCUGCGUAGGAGGUGCCGCGUGCCUUCGGAACCCUGAUGCAACUGAGAAUAGGGAGCUGGCGGGGCUGGCGCAGCUUGAUGCCACUGCCAAGUGCGCCUACGUGCUGAGCAACGAUCUCGGCACAAUCGACAGCCUUGUCGCCCGCCUCCGCGCUGCGGUGGAGGGCGACAAGGCUCUGGUUCGGCUGGGUUUGGAGAGAGGGAGGGAGAGGUUCACCGUGCAGGAAGUACUCAAGCAGCUAUCCAAGAGCCAUGGGAGUUUUCUACAGCAGCUUGAGGACCUUGAGGAGCACAUAUGCCUCUGCUUUUACACUGUUAACAAAGCAAGAUCAUUCCUCCUUCAAGAGAUAUGCAAUUGUCAAACUCUCUAGUUCGUCUUAUUAGCUAACUAUCCUUUCUUUUUAUUUUUCUUGGUCUAUGAUCACUGAUAGUUUAUGAUGUAUGAUCACUGCAAAUAUAACUAAUGUUGUCAAGAUCUUGAUUUUACUUAUCAUAGUAAAUUAGUAAUCCUCCAAAUCACAA